AUGGAACAAAAUGAAGAGGUCCGGAUUGUUCUGCUGGGGAAGACGGGAGCUGGGAAGAGUGCAUCAGGAAACAGCAUCCUGGGGAGAAAAGCGUUUGAAUCCAAAAUGUCCUCAUAUUCUGUGACAUCAAUAUGUGAAAAGAAAAGAGGAAUGGUGGGAGGGCAACAUGUAGCUGUCAUUGACACACAUGGCUUGUUUGACACCAAGUUAACACAGGAGGAGGCAGUGAAAGAGAUCUCACAGUGCCUGCUUUUCUCUUCUCCUGGUCCCCAUGUGUUCCUGGUUGUGAUCAGGCUGGAAAGAUUCACUAAAGAGGAGCAGGAAACCGUGGAGCUGAUUCAGAAAUUAUUUGGUGUUGAAGCAUCCAAAUACACCAUGGUUCUCUUCACACAUGGAGACCUUCUUGAUGAUGAUGAAACAAUUGAAGACUUCCUCCAUGGAAAUCUCGAACUGGAAAGUUUCAUUGCCAAAUGUAAAGGGGGCUUUCAUGUAUUCAAAAACAGAGAUCAGAAUCCCUCCCAGGUCACUGAGCUGCUUGAGAAGAUAAACAAGAUGGUGAAGGUGAAUGGAGGAAGCCAUUACACCACUGAGAUGUUCCAAAAGGCAGAGAGAGCAAUUGAAGAAGAGAAAGAGCGGAUCCUGAAAGAGAACGAAGAGCAGAGACGCAGAGAGAUGGAAGAAAUAAAGGCAAAGUUUGAAGGAGAGCGUCUAAGGGAAGAAGAAGAGAAGCUGAGGAGAAAACAGGAAAGUGAAGCUAGAGAGAAAGCUGAGAAUACACACCGCUUAAGGAAAGGUGCCGCAAUCGGAGCGAUUGUGGGAGUAUAUGGAGGCCCAUUUGGUAUGGCAUUUGGUGCAGCAUUGGGAACUACAGUGGCAGCUGUAGUAAAUGCAUGCAGGUCUCAAUGAGAGUCCAUAGCUACAAGAUGUUUGACUUCAUUACUUGAUAUUUAAAGCUUCCUCUAUAUACACAAAGUAAACCAAACAUUUGGAACUUCUUCCUAAUAUUUAGAACUGUUAGAGAAUUAAAGAGUGAAAGUUGGCCUUGCCUUUCCUAUCAACCUGGAAAAGGGCCUGAAGACAUUUUAACUGGAACACUUUAAGGCAGCCAAGCUCUUCAGCCAAGCAAGAGAACACCAGCCAUGAAUUCAUGUCUCCUUUCACAAUUUACAGGAUAGGACGCUUGGACAUGUAUUUUAGUCAUCACUACUUACAUCAUGAACAUAAAGAUAGAUCAGCGUAUUGCACAUUUGAGAGCACAGAAUUUCAUAUUUCCCUCAGUAAAGGUGAAAGUUAAAAUUGUAUUUCUGCCUGUCAAGCUAAAAAGCUAUAUGCUACUGUAAGAUUAAUUUACAGUUGCUGUCACAGCUCACAUUGCUGCCUCAGAAGCAUGAUGAAUGGAGAUUUACUAUUAAUGUCAUAGUUAUUUCAUCACACUAUAAAAUAAAGGUCCACUGGAAAUUCC